AUGACCUCUGCAAGUGGACAUGAGGGUCCCAACUCCUCCUCCACCGCCGCCGCUACCAUUUCCUACCCAAGCGGCCAAGUGCAACCACUUGCCAGGUUGGAUUUGUUGGACCAAGUUGUUUCGGCUCUCAGUCAGCAGACAAACAAGGUCCAGGCCCAGCUCGACGACAAGACGCGGGAGAUCUGCGAGCAGCAGCACCUGUCAAUGCGGCGCAGCGACGGCGUCGCCCGCCGCAUGGACGGCCUCGCCACGUGUCUCGAGAGGUCGUCGCUCUGUCACGAAGACGCGGCCCGCCGCCUGGACACCAUGACUCAGUUCGUGAACACCUUGAGUGCGCGUGUCGACGCCGACGGCAGGAAAAUCGACGCACUGUCCGGGGCACUCGCCGACACAAACCAGUAUAUCAGGGGCGUGCAAAACUUGGCGCACGGCCGCAUGAGCUCCCUCGAGGACAGAACCAGGAACGUUGAGCGCCAGGUCCAUGGGGACAGGGCAGAGCCGCUCGCGCCGCCUCCCGCGCCCAUGCUCAUGGCGGCAUCUAUGGCGACGGAGCAUCCAGCAGCGCCUGUGCUGUAUCAUCCUUUGCCACUCCCUGCAACGUCUGCACCGCAGCUUCCGGGGGAGGGUCCCGAACAUCUCCUUCUGCAACAGCCACUGCAUCGUCCAGUGGCGAGUGAAAUGGCACGUUUGCCAACAUUGACGAGCCCGCGCGAGGCCUGUGAACCCCCUCCUUCCUCGGAUAUUUCGGAGACGAACCCAUCUCGCCAGGGCCUGAAACCGGGUGGUCCAUUCCUUUGUGGUGCGAACAAGCCGUCCGCUCCGGCCUUGUAG